AUGAUAGCCCUCACGAGCUGGAUGUCAAAGUUGGAGCAAUCCUUCACACCAAACUUGGACCGCAUGUCUACCUCUGAUAACCACCUCAGGAUCCCAGGCCUUGGUCUGCCGGUAAACUUCAUGCCCGACUAUGAGUUGAGGUUUCCCUUUCUGAGUGACGACCAUGGCUAUUCGUGGAAAGCAAGGACCCUACUUCAUCGCGAGAUCGCCAUGCUGCAGGUCAUGGAGGAGCUCACCAACAAGCCUGAUUGGUGGCGCAAAGUCCGCGACUCUACCAUUACAGACAAAUGGAAGAAGGACGUCAUUGCGCUGGGCCAGAGUGGCGACUGGGCUUCAAAGCUUGCUCCUGAAGGGUUCACGCGAAACAUGGCGGAUGCUGUCAUUGUUGAGCUGCAGCGAAAGGCCGAUUUUUAUGAAGAAGCCGGCUUGGUCCCAGUCCUGGACUACUCUCUCUGCGUGAUCAAAUCGGACAAGAUUCUCGAGGAUGAUCCGGACUUGGUAAAAGACCUCAAAACGGCUGUUUCACGACUGGAAAAUGUCCCAGAUGCCCAGAAGGACUGGCAUCCCCGAAGCGGUAACAAGGUGCUCGACCUGGUACAUCCAUCGCUGUACCCCUUGGUCUACGGCAAAACAAGAGUUUUGAAAGACAAGCGCAUCGAUCUGGCGAACGCAUUGGACUUCUGCGGCGCAGGCGAAGUCAUUGCCGCUCAGCAGGAUGGCAAGCUUGCGGAAAACCCUGCGGGCGACAAUGAGCAGAAUGUCCCGGCUUCUUGUUGGAUCGGGGAUCCAUUCUUCUCAUUCAAAUACCAGUGGCUGCCAUGUGAUGUCAAGCUUGAGAACGGCAGGGCCGAAAUCGUGAGCUACAUCAACAACCUCCAUCCUGUUGACCACGCGGAGAUGUACCCGGUCAUCGAAAAGUUUAUCGAAAAGUCACUUCCAGCAUGGGAUCUAUGUUACCGCUGGCCUGAAAACUACGAGCACAAGCGCAUAGAUUGCACACGUGUAUUCCCAGAGUGUGCGACGGAAGAACUGUGCCCUGGAAUAUGCCAACCUUCCAAUAGGCCGCUUGAAGAGGGGGAGAACCCCCGUACAGCCGAAUAUGAAGCUGAGGAAGUGUGGUAUGAGGGUUCCGAACGUGAGAGGAAAGACACAAUCUGGUACAAUUCCACUCACUCGCUGGGGUUGCCGGAACCGGACCCGGAGAAAGUCUCUUUCGAUCUCAAGGCUUCUGAGGAUGUGAACAAGGAUAAAUUCUUUGAAGAUCUUUUCCACGGUGAUGUGGACAAAGACUUCCGAAACGGUACUUGGGAGAAGGGCGAGUCACGUAUCCAAGUCAUUGUCAAGCUCGCCAAUAUCCACUUGACUCCUGACUCGCCAUCGUAUCCGGGAGGUACGUGGCAUACGGAGGGCCAGCUGAACGAGCACAUUUGCGCGACAGCCCUCUUCUACUACGACAGCGACAACAUUACCGACUGCCGCUUGGAUUUCCGUACCAUGGCCGAUGAAGAAGGGCUCAUGAUGGAACUGGGCCACGAACAAGGUGAUUACCACAACAUCGAGCGCGCCUUUGCUAUCGAUGCUCGGGGCGACUUGCUCCAAAACAUUGGCUCCGUGCUCACACGCCCGAACCGAGCACUAUUCUUCCCCAACUUGUACCAGCAUCACGUCUCUCCCUUUGAGCUUGUCGACAAGACCAGACCGGGCCACAGAAAGAUCCUCGCCUUGUUCCUGGUCGACCCACAGAUCCCCAUCAUCUCUACCGCCAUUGUGCCGCCACAGCAACGAGAUUGGUGGGCGCGCCAGGUUGAACUCAAGGACACGCAAUUAUCAAAGCUGCCUCAGGAGGUGCGCGAUAUGGUCUUUAGCCAAGAUGUCAUGCCAGUGGGCCUGGAGGAGGCCAAGGUCAUUCGAGAAGAGUUGAUGGAUGAGAGAACAGUGCUGCAGGAAGGUGUCAACGGACAGCUGUCAUAUUCGUCGUGGAAUUUCUGUGAGCACUAG